UGCCAACAACGUGUUUUGGCUAUACGGCGCAGUGGGCGAUUAUAAUUUUUGUUAUUUUUAACAAAACGCGCCCAUAAAUACGUAACAUUGUUGUGAUUUUCACAAAAGUCAUAAUGGUGCGUCAUAACAAUCAAUUGCCGGACAACCUGCCACAGUUGCAGAAUCUUAUAAAACGUGAUCCCGAUUCAUACAAAGAUGACUUCCAUCAGCAAUACCAGCAUUUCCUCAGCAGCUUGGAAGUGUUUGCGCUUAACCCAAGCGACGAAAACAAGUCUUUGGAUGAGCUUGUCAUAUUCAUAGCGCAGGUCGCACAAUGCUAUCCAGAGGAAUGCGCCAAGUUCCCACAACACCUAGUGGAUUUACUGAAAAACCAUGCUACAACAUUAGAUCCUAUAAUGCGCAACUGCUUUGUCAAGGCAUUGAUAUUGAUGCGUAAUAAGAACUUGAUACCAGCCAUUGAUCUUUUGGAACUCUUCUUUCAACUGUUAAGCUGCCCUGAUAAGAACUUGCGUUCCUUCUUACAAACACAUAUAAUUACAGAUAUAAAAAAUAUGAAUGCCAAACACAAGGAUAUGAAGCUUAACUCGACAUUGCAAAAUUUUAUGUACUCUAUGUUGAAAGACGCCAAUCCGAAAGCCGCAAAGAUGUCCGUAGAUAUAAUGAUUGAGUUGUACAAGAAGAAUAUUUGGAACGACCCAAAAACAGUUAAUGUUAUAGCAACUGUUGGUUGCUUUUCUAAAGUUAUGAAGGUGCUAGUUGCUUCUUUGAAAUUUUUCCUGGGUCACGAUGAUGACGAAAAAGGUUCGGACGAUUCUGACAGUGGUGAUGAAGUAGACCUCAAAGGUGCGCUGAUGCAAAAUCGUGUCAAUAAAAAGACUAAGAAGCGUAAGAAGCAAUUGGAACAAAUCAAGAAGCAAGCAGUAAAGGCUCAAAAAAAGAAAAAGAAUGCUCCGGCAUUUAAUUUUUCCGGCAUACACCUCUUGCAUAAUCCACAAGGCCUUGCUGAGGGUCUCUUCAAACAGCUGCAGUCAACAAACGAGCGCUUCGAGGUCAAACUGAUGCAUUUAGAUGUAAUCUCGCGCUUGAUUGGCAUACAUCAGUUGUUUCUCUUUGGAUACUAUCCCUACAUCACCCGCUUUCUGCAACCACAUCAGCGCCAAGUGACGCGUAUUAUGCAGUUUGCUGCGCAGGCCUCUCAUGAAUUAGUACCGGGCGAUAUCAUUGAACCAGUGCUGAAAACGAUUGCAAACAACUUUAUCACAGAGCGUAAUUCCAGCGAUGUGAUGGCGAUUGGUCUUAAUGCGACCCGUGAGAUUUGCAUGCGUUGUCCUUUGGCAAUGGGCGAGGAUCUUUUGCGUGACCUGGCUAUGUAUAAAACGUAUAAAGAAAAAUCUGUUAUGAUGGCUGCACGGUCGCUAAUUAUGUUAUAUCGAGAACAACUACCGGCGCUGCUGCAUAAAAAAGAUCGCGGUCGUCUUACAGAAGCGCAAGCAGAGCGUAAAAUACGCGCAUACGGUGAGGUUGAGGUACAUGAAACGAUUCCUGGAGCUGAAGCUUUGCUUAAAGACUCUAAGGAGAUAGAUUUGGGUAGCGAUGACGAUAGUGACUCUAAUGACGGCGAAUGGGUGAACGUAUCACAUAGCGAUGAUGAGGGUGAAAAUGUAAAUGAAAACGAGGAGGAAGCAGAAAGUGAUGAAGAUGUUGACGAAGAAGAAGAGGAUGAUAGUGGGGAUGAAAAUACAGACGAUGAUGAUGACGAAAGUGGUGAUGAUGAGGAGGAUGAGGAAGAAGAAACUUUAGGCAAAUCUGAAAGUAGUGACAAGGAACAUACUAAAAAGAAGAAAUCUUCUAACGAUGAUGUGGGAAAUUCAACUGAAAAAGAUGUGCAAGUUCUUGAUGUCAAAGAGGCUGCGCAGGAGUUGGCUAUGACGCGUAUUUUCACAGACGAAGAUUUCAAACGAAUCAAUGCGGCACAGCUUAAAAAGACUGUUACAAAUGCCCGUAAGAGACCGUUGGAAAAAGACCGUGCCGAAUUUGUUAAACUAAACAGCAUUGAGAUGAUAUAUAAAAAACGUAAACACGACAAGGAGUCGCGUUUAGAAACUGUCAUGGCUGGGCGGAAGGAUAGAGAAAAAUUCGGCUGGAAAGAUGGCCGCAAAAAUGAACACAGCUCUAAAACGAACCGAGAAAAAGGCAAACAGAAGAACUUUGUAAUGAUGCGACAUAAGGCGCGCUCCAAGGUGAAGAAAAGUUUCCGCGACAAACAAAAGGCUAUGAGAAAGCAUCUGCUGCACCAAAAAAAGAUGAAGUAGAGGCUGGGCCGGGAUCAGUUGCCCUAGACAUUUAUUUCGUGUAUAUAACAUACUAUAGUUUCAAUAAACUGAAGAGUUAAACGUAAUCGAA